AUGACAACAGGAGCUCUGCGCCUCUGGCUCGUCCUCGCUGUCCAGCUGAGAUGCGUCACGCUGCUGGCCAUCCCGCUGGACAGAGGGACCUCAGGGCGGCAGGACGGGUUGGAUGCGACGAGCACGGCGAGUGAGAAGCUGGACGCGUUGUUCCAUCUGAAGGAUUUACCUCGGGGUCCAGCGGUGGCUCCGCACAAGAAGGCUCCUCAGUUUAUGUUGGAUCUGUUUAACGCGGUGACAGUCUCUGAUGGACGCCCGAAGAGCCAGAAGGAGAUUUUGGAGGGAAACAUAGUGCGGAGUUUCGAGGAUAAAGGUCAUGCUGGAGAGAGGUUUCACUUCUUCAACCUGUCGUCUUUCGGCAGAGAGGAGAGAAUGAUAAAGGCGGAGUUCCGCUGGUUCAGAAAGAAACAGAAGUUUUACCUCGGAAAAUCAUUUGGGCCUCAUUUCUAUAAGGUGGAUCUGUAUGAGGUGCUGGACAGCCGAGUGAAGCCAUGGAGAGGAAACCUCAUCACCUCCAGACUGGUGCCCCUCUACACACAGGGAUGGGAAGUCUUCAAUGUCACUCAAACGGUGUCCAAGUGGAUCCGCAACAGCCAGGAGAAUAAUGGCAUCCUUGUGGUGACCACACUUCCCUCUGGUAACUGGAUGGAGUCACUGGUGUCCUCGUCCAAGCAGAAUGGAGAGCUGACAAAUACAAACUCCUACUUGGUCAUAUUCUCAGACGACGGGAGGACAGGAGCAUCAAACCAGUCGUACCUAGGACAAGCCCAGCCUGCAGCAGCAGCCGCCGAGCUCCACGACCAUCACAGCAGGAGACGACGUGCAUCUCCAGGUUUCCUGCCCCACAGCCGCUCCCAGUCCUGCCAGCGGGUUCCCCUCUUUGUCGACUUUGAGGAGAUCGGCUGGUCCGGCUGGAUCAUCUCUCCCCGGGGAUACAACGCCUACCACUGCAAAGGCUCCUGCCCGUUCCCACUGGGGGGAAGUCUCAGGGCGACCAACCAUGCCACAGUGCGCUCCAUCAUGCACGCGCUCAAGCUCUCUGGUGAUGAAGUGGGAGCACCCUGCUGUGUUCCAGACAGACUCCAAUCCAUCAGCUUGUUAUAUUUUGAUGAUGAGGAGAAUGUGGUGUUGAAGCAGUAUGACGACAUGGUGGCGUUGAGCUGUGGCUGUCACUGACUGGGUAUGCAUCUCCUGUGUUCUU